UCAUCGAGCGGUUCGGGUGCGGCCACGAGUGUCGGCCAACAACAGCCGCAGACCAUUGACCGCAAGCGGCGGAAAAAGGCCAACGAUGUCCAGCCGGCGGAUCAGCAACCGAACGGUCCGUUCCCUUACCAUCCGAUGGUUUUGCCCCGACUUUCGGCAUCGAAACAAAUGCGUGGAAACGAAGGGAAUAAGAAAAUUAAUGAAUAUUUUAAGCACUCAAGUCCUAGUCGUUAUGGCGGCACCAAAUCCCCGACCGCAACACAUAGUUUCUAUAUGUAUCCGCCGUCACCGGGCGGUCCGGCAGGUCUCGGGACGCUCGGCUCGCCGACAACGGGCGGCCCGUUGGCCGUAUCGGAGCUCUCGUCGAUGAUGGCACCGCCUGUGCCCGCCCAGCGGCCACCGGUCGGCAAUUCCACUAAAAACUCGCAGCAAAGCUGUCAGCCAUCGCUAUCAUCCAACAUGUAUUCCCAACCGUACGUCCCGCCGGUGUCGGUCGGCCUGACGGGCGGCCAAUCGCCGUCGACGACGAUGCAGUCGCCGGGACUGACGAUAGGCGCCGGCGUACCGCAGGUGACGACUCCGCCGAUGUGUUCCCGCGCCGUACAGACGGAUCUGACGGUGAAGUCAUUGCGCGAC